ACAUGUACCGCGAGCUCACGGUGUACCUGUUGACACCGACGUUGACGUACGUGGCGCUGCGUCUGAUGCCGGCGCUAUGGACGCCGCUGGUGUACGCCUCGUGCGCCAUCGGGCUGCCACUGGUGUGCUUCUUCACGCUCGGGUACUUCCUGUACAGUCUGCUGCCGGACUCCGGCGUGUCGGCCACGGGAAAGGCCGUGCUCAUCACCGGCUGCGACAGCGGCUUCGGCCACCGGCUUGCUGUGCGUCUCGACAGGCUGGGUUUUCAGGUGUUUGCGGGAUGUCUCUUCCCACAUGGCGAAGGUGCGAAGAAUCUCCAUAUGAAGGCGUCCAGCAAGCUGCACAUCGUUCCUCUGAACGUGACUAAGGACGAAGACUUCCGGCAGGCCGUGGAUUACGUUCGCCAAAACCUCGAUGGGAACGGUCUGUGGGCGGUAGUGGCCAACGCCGGCGUGUUCGGUGCCAUGGAGCUCGAAUGGUGGAGCAUCGCCGAGAUGAAGCAGCACUUCGACAUCAACGUGUUCGGCUGCGUGCGCACAGUACAAGCCUUCCUGCCACUGCUGCGCCAGUCUCGAGGCCGCGUUGUGCUCACGGCUAGUUACGCUGGACGAGGGACGGCCUCUUGGAACAACGUGUACAGUAUGACCAAGCAUGCUGUGAUUUCCUUGGGUGAUGGAUUGCGGCGAGAGCUGAUGAAGUGGGGCAUCUCGGUCGUCCUGGUGGAGCCCACCUACUACAAAACCGCUAUUCUUCCGAGGCCGGAAGCCAUCGUCAAGAAAUACCAGGAGAGCAAUCUUCCCAAAGAGGUGAAGGACGCGUACGGCGACGACUAUGCUUCCGAGAUGGCAGACAUCUCGGUCAACACGAUGGCGUUCUUCGCGCGCGACAACGUCGACGAAGUCGUGGACACCCUCGAGAAGGCAGUUUGCACCCGCCACCCGAGGCAGAUGUACCGAUGCGACGGAUUCGUCCGUUGGCUUCUCGUAGUCAUAUUCCUGUGCUUCCCUCUGGUGUUCCAUGACUUCCUGGACUAUCUCUUUCUGCAUCACCACGAGGUUGGCCCCGACGGAAAGCUGGUCAAGAGGCUCUCCAUGCUCGAAAGGAUUACGAAUAAGGUUAAAGAGAUCUUGAUGCCACAGAAGCUCAAGAAGUAAAAAAAAAAUGUUCUCUUGAAGAAAGUGCGAGCACGACGAAGAUGUUCGCUUCGACGAUUCGUGAAGCGACAAGUCAAGUUGCAAUCUGCGACCCUCGUGUCAUCGUGAUGUGUUCAGCUCGCAUAGGCAUCUGGCUCUCACUGGAGCUUUAUGACGCUGAAAAGAGGACUGUGCGAGACACCUGAAUGUACAAUACGUGAAUUGUGCAUCGCACACGCGGAAGGAACUGCAGUCGAGUCGUAGGCGGGAAAGUGCUUAGAACUAGAGUCGCUGGACAUGCAAUGUGUGUGUGUGCAGAAUAGCUUCAUCGUGGGUUGUUUCAUCAGUAAAACUGGAACUGCCGUGCAAAAAAGAAAAAAUGCCGAGAGGACGUGAAAGAGCGUAGCCUUUUUUAUUUAAGGAUUUUUGUGUGCAGUGUUACAAUCCUGCUUUCAAUGUUUCCAUAGCAGUUAUAUGAAGUUCAUGAGUAUCGGAAUAGAUUAGGCAUAAUCCCUGGGAAAUCUCCGAGAAACACAAUACGGAAAUGCAGGGACGCAUACUGCACACCUUUUUAUACUCUAAUGUCGCAUCCGCCAUCAAUUUCAUAAGUGAAAGUGUUGUCACACACGUCAGCAGGGGGGGGGGGGAGUGAUAGUACAAAACAUUAAUUUAACUACAUAAGAGAACGAUGGUCGAAACUAAACUAGCUUCCUUUCUAAUUUGUACGUAGGCUCAAAGUGAAGGCGAGGCAAGAGAGAUAGGGGAGGGGAAACGAAGUGAAAAGGCAGGAGUGCAACAGGCGCUGUGCCGUGUCGCCUGUAGGCAGACAGAAAUUAGGUGCUUUCUUCCUUUUCCUCACGAACCACUCACCAACCAACUCAGUAUGGGCUCGGUUGGCUACCCUACCCAUGGGGAGGAGAAAGUGGAAGUAAUAACUAAAAUACACAACAAAAAGGGAGAGUAGGAAGCCAGCGCGUGUUGUGUUCUGUGUGUAGAAACCCUUCAGUAGCAACCACGGAAUUCGUCGAAUAGGGAGCUGGCUAGCUCUACUUCCAUUAGUCGCACAUAAGCUGACGAUCCAGUCAAAAUUCUUACCUUUCGAGUUUUUGUUCACUGCCGACACUCUAGCGGAACAAGUGUGAUAUCACUAGGACUUUGACUUCUCCACUUACUUGCACGCGUUUCAAGCUGUUCUUGCUCCGGAUUUGCGAAUUCUUUCUCUCUGUCUUCUUUCUUCUCCUCUCUUUGUUUUGACCUUGCUUUUCAGGAAACCGUGUGCCUUCUCUUCUUGGUGGGCUCACACGUCACAACUGCCACUGUGGUCUGGACAAUGAGACUGACAGGACUGAUGGACAACGGGCGUGUAGUUUAGUUGUUUGUACCUGUGUGCUAUUAAAUAUAUAUUUUCGAUUUCCAGACCUUGAGACCCCAUGACGCUCAUUCUUUUUCUCGUACAGCGUGUCACUGUUCUUUGGUAUAUGGUUGCACGGUGAUACCGAAGGCGCAUAUCACAGGGGUACAACCUGACUGGAGGUCUUGCUUGCAAAUCCUCGUGAUGGUUUCACACAAGUCGUAACGCCUGCUGCACCAUCUGGCGUCUCUUUUGUGAAUACUCGCGAAUGCAGUUGUUUUUAAUGUUCUUGAGUACUUGCGCAUAUUUUUAAACAAUAAAGACAACUGUUACG